CAACGUUCUUUGUGUACAGUUCUUAGAUUCUAAAUUCCCUCUCUCUCCUCUCAAAAAAAAAAAAAAUUUCCCUCUCUCUGCUUUCAGAGAAAAUCCAGAAAAUGGAGAACACAGCAUUGAAAAACCUUGAUCACGAUGAACAUGAAGAAGAAAUCCCAGAUUCCUUUUGUUGUUGCGUUUGUCUGGAUCUAUUAUACAAGCCCAUUGUACUAUCUUGUGGUCACAUGUGCUGUUUCUGGUGUAUACAUAAAUCAAUGAGUGGGGUGCGCGAAUCUAAGUGUCCAACUUGUAGGCAUCAAUACUAUCACUUCCCAACAGUCUGCCAAUUGCUUCAUUUUUUGCUUCUUAAGCUCUAUCCUGUUGCUUACAAUAGAAGGACCAAUCAAACUCUUGAGGAAGAGAAGAAAUCAGGCUACUACUCCCCUCAAUUUGAUUUCGACACAUGUGAAUCACAAGCUAAAUUUGGUCAUUCAUGUAGCCCUUCUUCCUCCUCUACGAUAAAUCUGGUUUCCAACUCCAGCAAUGUCGGAACUUCUGAAUGUAUGGACCAACCUGGGUCCACUUCCCAUGAAGGAGAACCUGAAAUUACCGGGACUCGAGUUGAAGAAAAAGCAUUGCCUCUGGAUAAUCUUACACAGCAGAAAAUAUCUGUUGCUGACGUGAUGUGUACAAUGUGCAAGCAACUGCUUUUUCAUCCUGUAGUUCUUCAUUGCGGUCAUGUAUAUUGUGAAACUUGUGUCUACAAGUUAGCUGAUGAGAUGCUUAGAUGCCAAGUUUGUCAAAUUCCACAUCCAAGAGGAUUUCCAAAAGUCUGUUUGGAGUUUGAUCACUUUUUGGAGGAACAAUUUCCUGAAGAAUAUGCACAGAGAACAGAUGCUAUUGAACUAAAGGAUGUCAAACUCAAACCUAAGACAUCUUCCUCUUGUUUAUUGGAUAACGGUAACCAAGGAGAAAAUAUGGAAUGGUUGUCUGAUCCUGACUCGAAAGCUCACUUUGGAGUUGGUUGUGACUUUUGUGGGGUAUUACCUAUCAUUGGAAAUAGAUAUAAAUGCAAUGACUGCAAGGAAAAAAUAGGUUUUGAUCUUUGUGGCGAUUGCUAUGACUCUCGCUCCAAACUUCCAGGCCGAUUUAAUCAACAACAUACCUCAGAUCAUAGUUUCAAGCUUGUAGAACCUGAUCCUCGUCGUAACAUAAUGUUGAGGCUGAUCACUGGACAGUUAGGGGACCGUUCUUUCAACAUCCAGUCUUUAGGAAACAUAGAAUUUACAGCCGAAGCACUUGGGUUGUUUGAUGGUGGCGUAGAUAACCAAAAUGAACCUGAUGCUACAGAUUGAAAAUUUGAACCCAAAAUAAUCAUGAUCUACUGUUGAUGAUAUUAGCUUUUUCUGAUUCAAGAGAUGUAAUUUUUGGAGCAAGUUUUCCAAUAAAUUUCCAACUGAAUCUUUCUCUAGCUUGUGACAACCUACGACUUAGCAAUCAAGUGCAUGCAAUGCAAUUAUGUUUGGCCUUAAUAGUAGGAAUCUCAUAGGUGAGUAUCUGAAGAUAUUCAGAAAUGUACAUAUUUUUGAGUUUGCAUGAGAUAUAUGAACAAGUUUGUUUUUAUUCUAUGUUGAAUCAUAAUAGGAUGUACUAUAUGGUUACGAAUUUACAUAACCAGCUGAUUGAACCUGAGUGGUUAA